CACCCUCAGAACCUCACGAAAACCGACAAGAAGAAAAGGAGGGUAAAACGAAGCAUAAGGACGCGUUUUGAGUAGCAUACAAACCAUCAAACAUGUCGCUAUCAGCAGCAUCAUCGCCAGAGCCGAGUCUUCCGUCUGUGGUCGAACAACCGUCUGCGACGCGUCCGUCUCUGAAAAUCAAGCUCAAGAUGCCUUCAGCAGCUCUAGCUGCCCGAACAUCCAACAUUCCCUCCUCACCAAUCCAUGGUCCUUCCUCUCCACCACCCGCAUCGUCACCAGCUCCUUCAACAGUAACUGAACCCCCUUCAACCACGGUAAACGAUGUAACAGCGACUUCCAACAACGGGAAACCUCCGCCGAAGAAGCGAGCAGCAUAUGGGACUGGACCUAGGGCGUUGAAGAGACAAGCAGAGAAGGCAAGAGCUUUUGCUUUGGCAACAGGGGGAGGAGAAGGAGAUCCUGCAGCGGCACCAUCACCCGGACCUGCGAGUCCUGCACCAAGUACUACAGUAUCUACGGUUGUUGGCGGUCAAAAGAUUAAUAUCUCCUUGAAACCUGCAGGGACACCACAACCUCAGCAUAACCCCAAACUUGGUCCAAAAGCGAAUAUGGGUGUUAUCAAUGAGCGUUUGAGGAAUCUGGACAGAAGUGGAAAGCCGUGCAGACGAUGGGUGAAGAAGGAUUUGGUUGUGAAGAACUAUUUUGGUGGACAAUGGUCGGUGCCAAGAGGUACAUGGAUUGGUGGUCCGACUACCCAAACUCGAACAACGAGCGAUAUGAACACGAAGACGUCUACUCCAUCCGAGGAUGUCGUGACGGCGGAUGCUUGAGCUAAGGGAUGAAUGGUAUAUCGUCAAGGUCGGGUAUCUAGGAUCUAUCUAAUGAAAUGCAACGCCUGACAUUAAGCGGUAA